AUGCAAGGCUUUGCGGAAGCUUUGGAGAAUCUUUUGACCAGCCGUGACAAGGAGGGCAAAAGCAAGCUGGAAUUCAUCCAGAGAUCACUUUUCCAGUACCUUUGGCGACAUCAGGGCGUCCGCCUAGCGGAAAACUCUGAGCAAGCUUUGUACGAGGCCCAGGCCGUGCUGGCUUUCAACCUUGAUCCCAAGGAGGGUGUCAAGUACCUCAAGGGUAAGCUUGGCAAAUCCAGUUCAGCUGAGGUGGGAGGUUGGCUCGCCCAGAUGUCCACGGUUAACGGAGGCCUGGACCCGACCUUGCUGGGGAACUACUUCAGUCGAAGAGACUGUCUCGAGGUCUUCCGGGAAUUUGUUCGCUGCCUGGAUUUCGCAGGGAUGAAUCUGGUGGUAGCUUUGAGGAAGCUCUUUGACACCUUCAAGCCCGGUGGCGAAAGCCAGGUGAUCAAUAGAAUCCUUGAGCUCUUCGCCGAAGCGUAUUUCUUGCAGUGGUCGCAAAACAAGGAGAAGUCCCUACCGGCGACAGCCUACGCAUCCACAGAUAGCGUACUUGCAACAGCCUUCAGCCUCAUCAUGCUGAACACUUCCCUCCACGUAGCCUCGAAAAAGGCUGGGAAGUCGCCUUCCGCCUCAAUGACAGCCACUGAGUUCGUGGAGAACACGCGGCGAGUUGUCGGUGAGGAGGAAGUGCCUGCAGCUGCUUUGCGCCAGUUCUACACUGACGUCAAAGCGGCUGAAAUCUCCAUGCAGCCUAUGCCCCGUGUGGCCUUCUCCAGACUGCCGGUUCAGCCGGACAUUGAGGGUUGGCUGAUAGUGUUGCUGGGCAUGGAGGACCAGCGUCGUUUCUGGGCUGUUUUGGCCCUUCAGCGCCUUUACCUCUUCUCGGACAACAGCGAUGUGGAUCCUGCGGAUGCCUGUGACCUGAAGGACGCUGGCGCCGUCCAAAUCAUGGAUGAUGCCGACGCGAGAGAGCAUUUCCAGACGCUGCAGGGCCGAAGGGGCAAAGGCAAAUGCUUUUGCUUUCCACCACGCACAGGUCGUGGGCUGGUUGACCCAGACAUGGAGCGGCGUGCUUUUGUCGUCAACCAGAAGUCUUCCGGAACUUGGCUCUCCAAGCUUGGACAUCCCAAUUCGCAGCUGAUCCUGGUGGCUGAGUCCAGCGACCUAAUGGAGAAGUGGGUGAACCUCAUUGACUGCGGGUGCCCGGAUGGUGGCCCGGAGCAGAGGGCGGAGUGGUUCGGGUCGAGGCAGAGACCGGAGUCGCGAGCGUCGCCGGAGAAGCCGCAACGGGUCGGAGCCACAGUGAUCGUCGUCACCAUGACCGUGACGGGCGCAGGCCGGACCGCUCACGACGACGCCCUGCUAGAGGUGGUGAAGACCAUCGUAAGCGUGACGAGCGAACCAGCAGAGUCUCGGGAGGUGCAUCGGCUCUUAGAGGCGAAGCGGGCCAAGCGGCAAGGGCGGGAGGCGAAAGCGGAAGCCCCAGCCGGGCCUGCCUUUUUGGCCCAUCUCCCUUGGGGGAAAGUCUUUGAUGUUGAGAUUGUCGGGAGAAGGAAAGACGAGGAGGACGAGGAGUCGGAGAAUGGUGAGAAGCCCGAAGCGGAGGAGAAGCAGGAGGAAGAGGAGGCAGAGGACGGGGGAGAUGCCGCGCAAGAUGCCGAAGACUCCCCUCAAAAGGAGGACACCGAGGUAGAGGCUGAGGAACCGGACGAGGAAAAUGAGCAAGCUGAAAAGGAGGAAGACGAAGAUGAAAAGGAGGAAGAUGAAGAUGAAAAGGAAGAGGACGAGGAGAAGGACGAUGAGGAGGGCAAUGACAGGGACAAGAACGAAGAGGCGGGCGAAGACAAGGAGGAAGAGUCGCAUGCCGAGGAGGCUGACAAAGAAGCAGAAGCUGAGCCCGAGAAGUACGAAGAUUUUGCGGUUGAUGCAAAUGAGCUGGCUCAGUACUGGCAGCAGGAGACCUUGUCCGAAGAGGUCAAGGAGGCCGAGGUUCCGGAGGUGCCAGCAAUCGCUGCGAGACCGAAGGUUCGUCCGGCAGCAAGGAAACCGACCGUGGUCGCGUCUCCAGCGCGCAGCUCCUCAGCCAAGAAGGACCACAAGGACUCCGACGAAGCCAAGGCCGAGGAUGAGGAGGGUGAGGGCUCUGCAGCCAAAAGCCAUGGCUCUGAAAGCGCGAGCGAAGACCAACAUCCGAGGCAAGAUAACUCAGCCAAACAUGCGAAGACUGACGCAGGCCGUAGCGAUGGCGGUCAUGAGAAAGUUCGGAUUAAGCGCAAGAAGCGGAGAAGGAAGAAGCGCGGGGAGGAUGGAGACCGUAAGGCCACAGACACAGAGGAGAGGAAGUCCGAGCAUGCUGACGUGGUGGCGAUGGUCGUAGCAGCAGCCGACGAGCUUGCAGCCGGCGAGGCCGCAGAGCACAAGGCGCGGCAGCGGACGGAAAGUCCGGACCAGAAGGACCAUGAGACGGAUGAUGAGGAGCACGCGGAUGCCGCAAGCAACAGCAGCAAGAAGAAGGAAGACCAAGAACAGCAGGGGAAUGAAGACAAGGAGGAGGAAAAGAAUCAGGUCGCCCAGCAACCGCAAGAAGCAGAAGAUGAAGAAAGGGAGCUUACUCUCAAGAUUGCUGUAAAGGCCAAGGCUCUCAUCCAGGAAGUUUAUCGACGGCGGAAUCCCGCCAAGCUUGGUGAGGUCAACAGUCUUAUGGAGAGAUACGCCGGAUCUGAGCUUGCUCUCUACGAACGCGUCUGUGAGAAGUACGGGGAGCAAGCGCAAGACAUCGAGGGCAUCUUUCAUAAGGCUGCACAGGAGGUUGCAAGCAGGCGCGCUGAGCUCGCUGCAGCAUCAGUGGCUGACGAACCUGUGCCGACUAUUGCGGCGAGAGCCAAGGGCGCCUCGAAGCCAAGUCGCCGCAGCGAUGCGGCCGUUCCGGGCGUCUUAGAUGAUGCAGAGGCAGAUGCAGAGGAAGCAUCGGCAUCACCUGAAAAGCUCGCAGAUGAGGUGCUGGCCGAAGCCAUGCAGCAGGUUGAAGAAGAGAAGCCUGAAGAGCCCAGCCGCAAGAAGAAACGAAAAGCGCAAAGUCCUGGUGAGGCAGAAGCUGAUGCCGCUCCAGAGCAUCGAACUGGCGUGCGGAGGGUGAAGCGCAAGCGCCGAAAGCGAGUGCCAAAGGCCGAGCACGUGGCAAAAGAGGACGCAGGCGUCCAGGAAGACAGCCCUGGGCCCGAUGCGGCGAAGGAAGGAGCGAGUGACCACGAGCAGAAGUCCAGAAAUGAAGACGAAAAGGAGGUGGAAGAAGAGGUCGACGAGGCUUGA